GGGGGUGGGAAGCGAGGCUGGUGCGGCGGGAGGCUGAGGCGGGGUGGGGGGGGUAAGUGGGGUAGGCAAAGAGCUGGACGCGGGGAUUUAGGGCUGGGGAAGGGGGUCGGGGGGCUCCGGAGGCCGAGGGGAGCGGCCAGCGCGGGGGAAGGGCGAGGUUGUGGGGCGAGGCGGCGUGUGCCGGUCCUGCCGCUGUCUCGCUUGGUGGAAAAGGGAAGGGGUGAGAAAAGGGAACUGGGUUAAAAUAGCCUCUCAUCCCUGCCGGGGGCUGGUUCCCUCUCUGUGGCUGCCGUGCCAUUGCGGGGAGAGGAGCAGAGGGGUUCUCUUGUGUGCAGGAGCAGCCUGGGGGGGCUGAGCUGGGGGUCUCUGCCCCUCAUUGCCUUCCUUCAUCUGGAUUUUUGUGUGUGGGGAAGGGGCAGGAUGAGCUUGCAGAGUUUUAGUGGAAUUUCUCCUUCCUUUCUGAGGAGCUGCCGCUGCUGAAGCAGAUUUUUCCUUCCUUCCUUUUUUUUUUGUCUGAUGCAGUAUCCCAGUAGCUAGGCAGCCUCCCUCUUUUCUUUCCUUCCGUCCUUAUACCCCUUCGGUAUGUAGGAAGGGAGAGACAUCAAUGGAAAAGCUGAAAUACGCGUAGAUGGACUUUCAAAUGCCUUUUUUCUUGCAAGAGGAAGAUAAAUCCCAGUUGCCAGCGCACUGACUUUUUUGUUGCUGUUGCAUUGCUUGGUAAAAAUGGGGUUCAGUUCCUCCAGCUGAAUCCUUGGAGCAUUUCAGAGUUGCUACAGCAAAGGACUUCUAUUUUUUCACAUCAGAAGAGCUACAUUGAUGUUAACCGUUUUCUUGUAAGAUGGAGAACGAGAUAUUCACACCCCUCUUGGAGCAGUUCAUGUCUAGCCCUCUUGUCACCUGGGUUAAGACAUUUGGACCGUUAGCUGGAGGAAAUGGGACCAACCUGGAGGAAUAUGUGGCACUCGUGGAUGGCGUGUUUCUGAACGAAGUCAUGCUGCAAAUUAAUCCAAAGUCUGCUAAUCAGAGGAUAAACAAAAAAGUAAACAACGAUGCAUCACUAAGGAUUCAAAAUCUGUCUAUUUUGGUGAAACAAAUAAAAACUUACUAUCAGGAGAAUUUGCAGCAGUUGAUUAUGAUGUCUUUGCCAAAUGUAUUAAUAAUUGGCAAGAAUCCUUUUUCUGAGCCAGGUACAGAAGAAAUAAAAAAACUCCUUCUGCUUUUACUUGGUUGUGCAGUUCAGUGUCAGAAAAAGGAAGAAUUUAUUGAAAGAAUCCAAGGUCUGGAUUUUGACACUAGAGCAGCUGUUGCAGCCCAUAUUCAAGAGGUAACUCAUAAUCAGGAAAAUGUGUUUGAUCUGCAGUGGAUGGGUGUCAUUGCACUGACACAAGAGUAUGUUGAUCCUCUCUUGAAAAAUAUGGCAUUACAUUUAAAAAGGCUUAUAGAUGAAAGAGAUGAGCACUCAGAGACUAUCAUAGAACUCUCAGAAGAACGGGACUGUCUCCGUUUCCUACCUCACGCAUCGGCAGCACAAUCACCUUGUGGGUCUCCUGGCAUGAAGCGCACUGAAAGCAGACAGCACCUCUCAGUAGAGCUAGCAGAUGCCAAAGCAAAGAUAAGAAGGCUUAGGCAAGAGCUUGAGGAAAAGACUGAGCAGUUGCUUGACUGCAAGCAAGAACUUGAGCAGAUGGAAUCUGAACUAAAGAGACUUCAGCAAGAGAACAUGAAUUUACUCUCAGAUGCCCGUUCUGCCCGAGUGUAUAGAGAUGAAUUAGAUGCCCUUCGUGAGAAGGCAAUUCGAGUCGACAAGCUUGAAAGUGAAGUCAGCCGCUAUAAAGAGAGGCUGCAUGAUAUUGAGUUCUACAAAGCUAGAGUGGAGGAGUUAAAGGAAGACAAUCAAGUGUUGCUAGAAACAAAGACAAUGUUGGAAGAUCAGUUAGAGGGGACCCGAGCCCGUUCUGAUAAAUUACAUGAGUUAGAAAAAGAGAAUCUACAGUUAAAAGCUAAAUUACACGAUAUGGAGAUGGAGCGUGAUAUGGACAGAAAGAAGAUUGAGGAACUCAUGGAGGAAAAUAUGACUCUAGAAAUGGCUCAGAAACAAAGUAUGGAUGAAUCAUUGCAUCUUGGCUGGGAACUUGAACAGAUAAAUAGGACUACUGAACUUUCUGAAGUGCCACAGAAAUCACUUGGUCAUGAAGUGAAUGAACUGACAUCAAGCAGAUUACUGAAGUUGGAAAUGGAAAACCAAAGUUUGUUGAAGACAGUGGAAGAACUACAAAGUGCAGUGGGUUCUGUAGAAGGCAGUAGCUCAAGGAUCCUGAAAAUGGAAAAAGAAAACCAAAGACUUAGCAAAAAGCUCAAAGAGCUAGAGAAUGAAAUUAGCCAAGAGAAACAAAGUCUUCAGAACAGUCAAAAUCUGAGUAAGGAUUUGAUGAAAGAAAAAGCACAGCUUGAAAAGACACUUGAAGCACUUCGAGAGAACUCAGAGCGACAAAUUAAGCUAUUAGAACAAGAAAAUGAACACUUGAAUCAAACUGUAGCUUCUCUAAGACAACGCUCCCAAAUCAGUGCUGAAGCCAGAAUGAAAGAAAUUGAAAAGGAAAAUAAAAUCCUUCAUGAGUCUAUUAAAGAGACCAGCAGUAAGUUAAAUAAGAUUGAAUUUGAAAAGAAACAAGUCAGGAAAGAACUGGAGCACUAUAAAGAGAAAGGGGAGAGAGCAGAAGAACUAGAGAAUGAGGUUCAUCGUCUGGAGAAGGAAAACGAACUGUUACAGAAAAAAAUCACUACCUUAAAAAUCACUUGUGAGAAGAUCGAGGCCUUAGAACAAGAAAACUCAGACCUGGAAAUGGAAAACAGGAAGCUGAAAAAGACUUUGGAUAGCCUAAAAAACCUCACUUUUCAAUUAGAAUCCUUAGAAAAGGAGAAUUCGCAGCUUGAUGAAGAAAAUCUAGAAUUAAGAAGAACAAUUGAAUCCUUGAAGUGUACAAGCAUUAAAGUGGCACAGUUACAGUUAGAAAAUAAGGAGCUGGAGAGUGAAAAGGAGCAACUUAAAAAAAGCCUUGAGCUCAUGAAAGCCUCAUUUAAGAAGACGGAACGCUUGGAAGUCAGCUACCAAGGCCUGGACACAGAAAACCAAAGGCUGCAGAAAGCCCUUGAAAACAGCAAUAAGAAGAUUCAGCAAUUAGAAAGUGAACUGCAAGACUUGGAGUCUGAAAAUCAGACUCUGCAAAAGAACUUGGAAGAGUUAAAAAUCUCCAGUAAGCGCCUGGAGCAGUUGGAAAAGGAGAAUAAGUUAUUAGAGCAAGAGACUUCUCAACUGGAAAAGGAUAAGAAACAGCUAGAAAAAGAAAACAAAAGGCUUCGGCAACAAGCAGAAAUCAAAGAUAGUACUUUAGAAGAGAACAAUGUAAAAAUUAGUAAUCUGGAAAGGGAAAAUAAAUCUCUAUUUAAAGAAAUAGUUGUGUAUAAAGAGUCGUGUGUACGCCUGAAAGAACUAGAAAAAGAAAACAAGGAACUUGUGAAAAGAGCCACCAUUGAUAAGAAAACCCUUGUCACUUUACGAGAGGACUUGGUGAACGAGAAAUUGAAGACUCAACAAAUGAACAAUGAUUUAGAAAAACUGGCCCAUGAACUUGAAAAAAUAGGCUUAAACAAGGAGCGCCUCUUGCAUGAUGAGCAGAGCAGUGAUGACAGUAGGUACAAGCUUUUGGAGUCAAAAUUAGAAUCCACACUUAAGAAGUCUCUUGAAAUAAAAGAAGAGAAAAUUGCUGCUUUGGAGGCACGUUUAGAAGAAUCAACAAAUCUAAACCAGCAGCUCCGUCAGGAACUUAAAACAGUGAAAAAGAACUAUGAAGCUCUCAAGCAAAGACAAGAAGAGGAAAGGAUGGUUCAGAGUUCUCCUCCAAGAAGUGGAGAAGAAAAUCAGUCUGUCAAUAAGUGGGAGAAGGAAAAUCAGGAAACUACUAGAGAGUUAUUGAAAGUUAAAGAUAGAUUAAUUGAAGUGGAAAGGAAUAAUGCCACACUGCAGGCAGAGAAGCAAGCACUCAAGACACAAUUAAAGCAGCUUGAGACACAGAACAGCAAUCUGCAGGCUCAGAUUCUUGCACUUCAGAGACAGACUGUUUCUCUACAGGAGCAAAAUACAACUCUUCAAACUCAGAAUGCCAAACUGCAGGUUGAAAAUUCCACCCUUAAUUCUCAAAGCACAUCUCUUAUGAACCAGAAUGCACAACUGCUGAUCCAGCAGUCUGCUUUAGAAACUGAGAACGAAUGUGUGCUCAAGGAGCGUGAGGAUCUGAAGUCACUGUAUGAUUCGCUUCUCAAAGACCAUGAGAAACUGGAGCACCUGCACGAGCGCCAAGCUUCCGAGUACGAAUCUCUGAUUGCCAAGCAUGGGAAUCUGAAAUCUGCACACAAAAACCUGGAGGUGGAGCAUAAGGACUUAGAAGAUAGGUACAACCAGUUGCUGAAACAGAAAGUGCAGCUGGAAGAACUGGAGAAGGUGCUCAAGGUAGAACAGGAGAAGAUGCUGCAGCAAAAUGAAAAACAUGAAACUGUAGCAGCAGAGUAUAAAAAACUCCGUGAUGAAAAUGAAAGGCUUACUCAUACCUACAGUCAGCUCCUGAGAGAGAAUGAAGUUCUCCAAACUGAUCAUAAGAAUUUGAAAACACUAUUGAACAAUUCCAAACUAGAACAAACACGAUUAGAAGCAGAGUUCUCUAAACUCAAAGAACAAUACCAACAACUGGACAUUACAUCGACAAAGCUAAAUAAUCAGUGUGAGCUGCUUAGCCAGCUUAAAGGAAAUCUGGAGGAGGAAAACAGACAUCUACUAGAUCAAAUUCAGACAUUAAUGCUGCAGAAUAGAACAUUACUUGAGCAGAAUAUGGAAAGCAAGGAUCUCUUCCAUGUAGAGCAAAGGCAGUACAUUGACAAGCUAAAUGAAUUAAGGAGACAGAAGGAGAAACUGGAGGAGAAGAUAAUGGAUCAGUAUAAAUUUUAUGAGCCAUCUCCACCAAGAAGAAGGGGCAACUGGAUUACUCUGAAAAUGAGGAAGCUGAUAAAGUCUAAGAAGGAUGUUAACCGAGAGCGCCUCAAGUCCGUGACUCUUACACCCACCCGCUCAGAGUCCAGUGAGGGAUUCCUGCAGCUGCCCCACCAGGACAGUCAGGAUAGCUCCUCUGUGGGCUCCAACUCUCUGGAAGAUGGGCAGACCUUGGGCACCAAAAAGAGUAGCAUGGUUGCACUGAAAAGACUGCCCUUUUUGAGGAACAGACCGAAGGAAAAAGACAAAAUGAAGGCCUUCUACCGUCGCUCCAUGUCCAUGAAUGACCUGGUGCAGUCCAUGGUCCUAGCAGGAGGACAAUGGACAGGUAGUUCUGAGCAUCUGGAGGGUCCUGAUGAUAUAUCUGCGGGUAAAAGGAGGAAGGAGUUGGGAGCUAUGGCCUUCUCUACUACAGCUAUCAACUUUGCAGCUGUCAACUCUUCUGCAGGCUUCAGAUCCAAGCAGUUGCUAAAUAAUAAAGAUACUACAUCCUAUGAAGAUGUAAGUCCACAAGGUAUUAGUGAUGAUUCUAGUACAGGAUCAAGAGUUCAUGGAGUGCACGCCGUUAUCUGUGCAGAUGCUCUUGCUCCUCCUGUUGGUGGCAUUUCAACUAUGUGCAAGGUUCCUUGUCAGAUCUGUUCUUCCAGACCAGCCAGCCUUGAUAGUGGCAGAACAUCCACUAGCAAUAGCAAUAACAAUGCUUCACUCCAUGAAGUCAAAGCAGGUGCAGUUAACAAUCAGAGCAGGCCCCAGAGCCACAGCAGCGGGGAGUUCAGCCUCCUGCACGAGCACGAGGCGUGGUCCAGCAGCAGCAGCAGCCCCAUUCAGUACCUGAAGGGUCACACGAGGUCUAGCCCUGUGCUGCAGCAGCGAACACCCGAAACGCUGGAUGCUCGUGGCAGACACAUCAAAACGGGUUCCCCUGGAAGCGAGGUCGUGACCCUGCAGCAGUUUCUGGAAGAGAGCAACAAGAGUACCUCAAGUGAGAUGAAAUCAGCAAGUGAAGAGAAUCUCUUAGAUGAAGUGAUGAGGAGCUUAUCCGAGUCCUCGGAGCUGGCAGGGAAGGAGAAGCUGAGGAAGCAGCCGUCUGCCGGUUGUGGCAUCGUGAGAUCACUGAGUGUCAAAGCCACCAUCGACUUCUCAGACGGACGAUCCCUUAAGCCAGAGCAGCUGGUGAGGCCCAGCCUGCGGAAAAGCGACGAUCCCACCUUCACUAGCUCUCCAGUGAAGUUGACAGGAGGCACCCAAGGGAAGGCCAAAUCUGUUAAAGAAAAGCUCCAAGCGAGCGUUUCCCAGCGCCAAUCCCGCGAUUGCAAUCCCUACGCCACCUUACCUCGCGCCAGCAGCGUCAUCUCCACGGCAGAAGGAACCACCCGAAGGACAAGCAUUCAUGAUUUCUUGUCUAAGGACAGUAGGCAGCCUGUAUCAGUGGAUCCAGCACCAGCCACCGCUGACAGGAGCGUUCCAUCGGCCUCUAGUGAGUACUCAGCACACCGGUUACCCUCUCCUUUUGUUCACUGUGUGGCUUACAGAGUAGAUUGUGUUCCACAGAGCAAUGCAGCUAAUGCAGUUAAACCCCGUAAUGUAGGAUGUCACUCUGAUGUGCCUAAAACUUCCAGGAUGGAAAGGUCAAAUUGUCGGGAGAGAACUUCGCUGAGCUCAAGUGUGUUUAAUGAUAAAUUCUCUGGUAAUAACGACAGCACAGGGUCGCUCACUGUGGCUCAGCCAUUUUUAUCCCUUAACACUGAAUUAGUUAGUAAUAUAAGUGGGUUGCCUCACAGACCUACAUCCAAACCAGCUGAUCAGGCAAAUCUGUCAGCGUUUAGAUCAGUGCCAAAGAAUCCAGAGCAGCUUUCUGCUCCCCAGGAACCUGAUCGUAGUGAACUUGUUCCAGCCCCAUGUGUGAACACCAGUGAGGCUGAAUCCCCGCUGCUGGUUUCUGAAGAUAACAAAACUGUGUGGUACGAGUAUGGCUGUGUAUGAUAAGGAAGUUGUAUUAUUAAAUCUAUAUAUAUAUAUAUAGUCUCAUACAACACAUAGGUGUUCUGCUCAAUGUCCACUGGAUUUAGAGAAGAUUUCACUCCAAGGACAAAACAAUUCCAUGUUAGAUCUGCGGGUGGAUGUUUUCUAGAGCUCAGUCGUGUACUCCAGCAUGUCUGAAUGUAUAAUUGUAACCUCACCAAAGUCUGCAUGAACCAUUAAUUGCACUGUAUAUAUUUUGCAUGCCUUUAAAAGUCUUUAUAAUGCAAGCUAUGGUUUUAUUUGUCACGCAUCACAGAUACUUUGGUUUCUCCCUGUAUGUUACCGAAUGCAUGUCAAACCAGUCGCAUGCUGCACUGCCACAAAUGGCACCAGGAGCAAUUCCAAUACAGAACCAGGACUUUUCAGCUGUGCUCGUGCUUUCAGAUGUAUCAGUAACACACUGAGUAUGUAUUUGGAGUAAAAAUACUCCCCCCUCUUCUUGAUUAAAUGAGAUAUUAAUGAAGAGAAGCGUUUAGAGAGAUCCCAGUGUCUUACCUUUUCCAUUUAUGCCAUGGUCUGGCAUAAAUGCACUUUGCACAAGGAACAGGUUACACCCCGUAAUUCAGUGCCUCCAGCUUGCACAAUAAAUAUGAAUUACUGUUCAUAGUUAUUAAAAUACUUGAACAUUAAUAAUACAAAGACCAUUCAUAAUCCUAAACGUGCUAAAUCUUACGAGGAGAUGAUAAAUACUCGCAUGAUCCACAGCACUUGUAAUGAAAAAAUGACCCUUUCCACCUCUUGCCUUUUGUAAGCUUUGUCUCUCCACGCCUGGUGUACAACUGUGGUGAAGUGUAUGGUUUGUUAGGAGUCAAAUAACUGAGUUAUAGGAGACUCCUUGUGAUGUGUGGUAAUAAAAACCUGUAUUGAUCGUGGUGGAAGCUCAUUUUUUCUUCUGAACAGAAGUAACAUUAAUACAGUAAUACAAUAGAGAACAAGAUGUGUAACAGGGAUAACUGUUACAUUGACACAGCUAAAUAAAAGACACAAUAACCAAAACAUUGCUCGUAAGGUUAUGUGAGUGUAGGGAUGCUCAAGCAGAUAACAUUAAAUCCCAGAUGACCAACUAAAGAGAAAUGCUGGGAAGGAAUUACUUCAUGUGCCACCAUGUCUGCAAUGGCUUGAAACGUCUCAGUGGUGAAUAUAAACAGUUUAAAAUUGUAUCAUACUUAAAUUAUAAUUAAUGAGGCUUCAGACAUUAGCACUUUUUUGCCAGAGGCCAUAGUCACCAGCAGUUAUGGUGACCAGCAUUAUAUAUGCUAUAGAAAACCUGACUGACAAUGUAUCUAGAGGAGAAAUACUUAAAAUCUCAAAUACUGAAAAUAAUGAAUGCCAUAUUCUGAUUUUUACAUCUGAAUCUCUUUUGCCAGCAGUUCUGUGGCACUCACGGUACUGCUGGGGCUUUAAUUCCUGAGUGUUUCACUAGGGAAGGGCAACAAAUUCACUGCUUUUUUGCGGAAAAGCAGCAGGCACAUCCCAUAUCUUAGUCUAGAAGGUCUCCAUUUCAAGCAUGAGAAUUGUUAAUAGAACACUGAGAUAGCCCUUCCCAGAGCUCCAGCUCUAUUCCAAGCUAGGGAAGAGGAACGGGGGGAGAAGUUUGGAUGUUUCAAAGACGUUCCGUGGAGGGUGUAAUGGCUGUUUCACAACGUGAAGCAGCCAUCCUUCCCCAUGGCUGCAAGCAUCCCUUGUUACUGGGCUGAUAAGUGUUGCUCGCAGCGAGCUGUCAGUUACUGCCGAGCUCCCUCUGGAAUUGUCUCACUUAAAAAACCCACCCCCAAAUCUGAAAUAACCAUCUGAAUUUCACAGGCAGCAGAAUCAGCGUGUGCUGAUCUCUGGCCCUGUCACUCGACUUCAUUUCUGUUAAUCUCUCGAUGUGUUGGAAUUAGCUUUGAGGUGAACAGUGCUGAAGCGACGUGAGCAUAACACAUUCUGCAAGUUAUUUAAGGCGUUAUAGAGCUCUGAGAGUACUUAUUAUAAACUCACACUGUGCUACCAGUAUCUGUAUCAUUUGCUUAACCGAUUGCAAGCCUGCAUCUUGCAGCGAGGCUGCUUGGUAGGAUAAGAACAAGGUUUGUAGCUCGAGGUAGUAUCUCCUACUUAGAUCAACAGCUGUUGUCCGAGACAUCAGAUAAGCUUUAGGGCAUGAUACUACCUCGUUUGCCAGCCUUGUCCUGCUUAGAUCCUUGGGCUGUCACAGCUACAAACACCACCAGUAUUGUCUCCAGAUACAUUAUAAACCCUCCAGCACUGAGCUCUGACUGUAGCUGGGAGCAAGGCCAAGGUCUAAAGAGAAGUUGUAGAGCUCACCCCGUAGAGUGAAGGUAAAGCCUCUAUCCAGGCACUGGGUGUGUUAUUUCCAGCCCCUGCCCAUGGGGCACUGCAGUUUCAACCAUCUCAUUUCUCUUCCCAGCACUGAGCUUUCCAAACAAACCAGGCCUGGGAGUGAAUAUUUAUGCCUGACAUUUAAUGCCUUUUUAGCCUGUGUUUUACCUUACCCCAUUGGGGCCAGCCUUAGAAGAGCUUCUCUCUUAAAGGGCUUCAGAAUAACUGUCAGUGCCUUGGAACACGAGUGCCUCAUGUCCUCUACAGGAGUUCUAGGCUCACCUUGUCCAGCUCAAGCUGCCAUUUGGCGUGGUUUAUAACCGUGUAAUGAACUGCAUUUCAGUUCUGAGAACACCAGCUUUCUGUGCUCCUGGGUUUGCUCCAUUGAGUUCAGCACAGCAGCAGAAGCAUGCUGCUAGAGAGUUUUUAGUGUCUCUGAAUAAUAAACUGUCAACAUUUCUUUAUUAUAUAUGAGAGAAAACAAAUGUUUUCAUGUACAGAAGGGUUAUUUUUCCUCCCCUUUUUGCUCUUUAACAAUAACAUCGUGGAUGUCUCUCUUGGUCUGUGCUCAAACAGUGGAAGGAGCUGUGAGGUUCCUUUCAGACCCAACCACUGCUGCUCCUCAGCCAUGCACACGGUGCCCUUGCUCAUUCCUUGGUCCCUGCUGCCUUUAAAACUGAAGAGUCAGGACUUUGCAUGGUAACUACAAACACUAAGUAGGCGGCUGCUGGCCAGAAGAGGUUGUGUUGUUCAGGCUCAGUGAUGUGCUUGCUGUUAAGGUUUGCUCGAUGCUUUGCUUGAAGUGAAUAGUGAAUUAAGAUCCUGCAUUUUGCACGUUCAAGCUGUUGCAUGCAAAGUUAAUUCUGUGUUUUGCAGACCUGAAUGUGAACGUUUCUGUCAGCGUGUAGCAGGUACAAACACAAAGAUGAGUCGAGUCCUUGCUCUGCUGGGUUCAGUCAGCCUGGGUGACAUCAGGUUGUGUUUAUUUCCUUUUCAUACAGGCAUUUAGGGUUAGUGCACCUAAAAGUGACGUGUACCUGAUUGUGGCUUUGAAAGCAAUACCUGGUUAUUCUGAAUGCUAGGAUGAAUUGUAACAAGUGUGGUUGAGCAGGCACUUCCAGUGAGUUUCCUCCAUCCCUCCUCUCUGUCCUUUCCUCUAAAACAAAACAAAAAAGGUGUUUAAGUAUAUCCUUUUGCUCUACUAAUAAGUAGAAUGUAUUUUAAUGCAUGAGGGUUUAUUUUUCAUGUCCUGAUCAACACAAUGAAUAACAUGAAAUGCUUUUCUCUGCAGAUGUGGAAGCUAUCCCAGAAAGCAGAAAUUCAAAAAGCAGGUCUAGGGAGCAACAAAGCUCCUAAUUCUAUUACCCACUACCUGAGCUGUGGGCCAAGUGGUGAGUUUCCUGCCCAAAAUGUAAAUGAGAUUAAUUUCAUUUACAACAAACUAACAGCAUUACCUACGAGAACAAGUGCACAUUGCAUUAACCAGUUGUAAAUGCUGCUUGCUUAACCGGCUUCUGUCUCGCUUACUGGGUAGGCCAGAGCAGGUUGGUUUCCAGCAGUUGUUUUGCCUGUGUAGGAAAGGGAACGUCAUCCCAUCAGCCUUCUGCCUGUAAAAAUGACAUUUACUUUUAUUUCUCAUAUCUCUUGAGGAAGAAAGUUCAAAGAAAGGAGUAACGCUGAAGUCAGUUCUUAGAAAGGGACUGAUAAAUCUGAAAGAAUAGUUUAACAAAACAAAAAGUGUUCCCUAGCACAAGGAAAACUGCCUUUUUACAAAGCUUGUCUUUGGCAUCCUGUCCUUCUCUUGACUCCAUGAAAACAUCUUUGCUGCAUGCUGUUAGUGCUGUUAGUUCUGUUAGUGACUUAACUCUUGUGUUUUAUACUUCCCUACUUUUAAGCUUUUCUUAUGUUCUUUUCUCUUUCCGCCUGUCACCUGAACGCAGAGAGAAAAGUGUCCUUCAGUAUCUCAGUAUGAAGCCUUUAUAUCUGAAGUAACAAGACAGCGACUGUAGGAAUCAGUAAUAAGAAUUAAGGGAAUUUUUUACCUUCUUCGUGACUAGAGCAGGCAAGAAAUAAAAACCUACCUACCUUCCUCCUUCCUUCCUUGAAUCAAGGAGCUCUACUGGAGUCUGCUGCCGGAAACUUGUAGAUGGUCUUAGGAAUUAUUGCACAUUGCACUGUUAAGAUCUACUGAAUAAAGGACAGUUCUCAUCUCCCUAAGGACCAAGGAUUUUAAGGUCUCAAGAAUUUACUCCAGGGGAAACAAAAAAAAAAGAGAGAAAUAAAAAUACUUCUGUAAUCUUCUGUUUAUGAAAUUAGCCACUGAUUUGCUUAAGCUUCUGCUAAUAAUUAGCCAAAAACCCCCAUAACAAGCAGUUUCUCUUCUGUACAUCUAAAAUGCUGUAGUAUUUUGUUGGAAUUGACUGUAAAUACAGCUCCAAACCCCUCCCCGCUUACUGGCACUUGGCUGCCUUACUGGGUUAGCGUAAUCUGCAUGAAAUUGCUCUUUAAAAAGUUUCUGCUGAUUUUUGUUGCAUUCUGCAAGGGAAAAAAAACAUGUUUACAAACCUGACAAAGUUCAGUCAUUAACAGAAGUGGGAGCCAUGGGAUGCUCGUAUGAUCUAGAGAUCGUUUGUCAUUUGUGUUCUUCACAUUCCCACGUUACUCUGCGGGUGUAUGUUCCGAUGUUCCUGACAGGACAUUGUCGGGUAUGAUUUUUCUAUGACUUUUAUUUUAAUAUAAGGCUGUUUCCAACCACUGGCGUUGCCAGGAUCAAACUGUCUUACGAUGUUUGUGUAUUGACUCCUUUUUCUUACUUGUUUGUCCUUUGACAUGAGCUGAUUGUGGCCUUUAGGAGGUUUCUUGAUGGCAAAAAAAAAAGAAAUGUAAAUAAUAUCACCUGCAUUUUACAAUCGGUUCCCCUUAAGGUUAUCUUUUACUAGCAAGAUACAUUUUGUUCAUUAUUGAUUUAUAUUAAAGUCAACGAAUGUUAUUGGUACAUUCAGUGGUUGCAUAUAUUUGUCAUCUUGAAAGCAUGUGGGGAGAGCUCGCAGGAUGUGUAUGUGAACUUACAAGCAGAGCCAAAAUGAGUUACCGUAGUUGUAUUUUACUACAACCCCAUAAGCACACUCAUGCUCCAGUUCUAAGGGGUUAACUGUGUAACCUCACAUCCCAUCCUCUGACAGGCGUGUGGGUAACUUCACCUCCAGCUCACCUAAGGGAAGGAAGGCGGGAUGUGUUUGCAGGGUAGCACUUACAAAGCCUCAAGCUGUCAAGGCCAGUUGGAAUGGAAUUGGUUUUACUGGAGAGAGAACGCAGUUCAGCAGAUUCAAAAGCAUCCUGGCACCUAAUUUAUUUCAUUUUACUGAGAUUUUGUCAAAAAGGGGAAAAAAGAGGAAAGUUGGAGAAGCUUUAGAAGGGGAAAUUCUCUUGGUUUUCUUCCUUAAAGCGACUUCCUUCUGAGUUACCUUUGAUGAUAAAAUAUACUAAAAGAUCUAGAUCUGAAUAGAGUGUUCUGGGUUUACAAUAUAAAUUACUUGGUUCGAUCUGGGAUUGUUUUCCCAGAGAGUUUAAACAUUUUUAGUUGUUUUUCUUAAGUGAAAACAGGACCAGUUGCACAGCUCUGCCCCCACAGAAUGUCCGUUCUUCCUCUGCAGACGUUUCUGGUGUUCCAUUAAAACCACUGGUUUAUUGUGGCGACCAGCUCACACUGGCAUCCAGUUCUGGUCCCUCACUCUCAGUGCCAAGCUCUUCACUGAUUCCAGCAGAAGCAUUGUGUGUUCUGCGGAACAUCCACACAGAGCAGCAAUCCCAGGAGGAUCUGAAGCCUGGAGUGCUCCUGGUGUCCGGCUCCGCAGUGGUUGGCAGCUGGAGCUCAGUUCCCCACGUUGUAACUGGUACCAGGGCAUUUUGAGAGGGAUUUGGGCAUCCCAAGCCACAGAGUAACAGCCACCCUGGUUGUAGUCACAGCAGCCAGGCAGUUGUGAGGGUUCAGGUAGAUCCUGCAGGAUCAGUAUUGUCCUGACUGUGUGGUAGGCACUGCUCCGUGAGCAGCAUCGCCGGGCACACGUAGCCUGCUCUCACCACACAUGGCUGUGUCAGUUUUGGCCCAUGGGCAUCUCCUGAUGGUUCAUUUCUUAGCUCAGCUCUUUUCUGUGUUCAUUAAGUUGUCCCAGAUGACCCAUCACAACUUGCACACUUGCUUUCUGCAUGUUGUUACACCUUCUUAAGGCAUCGGUGCAAUCACAGCCAGAGUUACAACUACUCAUUAACUGAUAACGUGUGUUAGAAAUGAACCCCCCAUCCAAAAACCUACACAAAGUUUCCUUGUAUAAGAGAGUCAGCCAGAGCCUGGGGGCAGAAUUCCCGCUGCUGGGUCCGAGCCUGGCCUCGGUCAGGUUUGUGUGCCCAGUCCUGGCUCAGGCCUCUCUGUGCCAGGGUAGGCGGGUUUUUACCCCCUUCACCUGCAUCAGCACAGAGGCCACAGUGGGAUUUGGGGUUGUAGUUGCUGAAUUGGCCAAGAGCGGCCCCGGAGAUAGGCUGGCGUUUGAGAGAUCGGGAUCUGCUGCUCCCAGCACUUUGUUUUGCAGACGUCUCAGAGCAGAGGAGCUGUCAGGAAGCUCUCCACGCUCUGAGGAGUUCUAAUUAUUUUCUCUCUACUUUCUUAAUCUUUCCAGUCUGUGCCCUUCAAAUACAAUAAAAAUGUAAAUUUAAUUAGAGAGCUGCUUCACGUGUUCUGAAACACAAUCUCCCAGGGGGAGACCAGGGCGGCUGUUGGACAGAGUGUGUACAACAGGAGCACACACACCGCUUUCUGCUGCAAGCACUGCCAGGUCCGUCACCGCUGGUUCCGGAUCACAAACAGGUUGUAGGGCUGCACAGUGUGUCAGUUUGAUGUACUUUCCUGAGAGUCUGCUGAGGAUUUAGUAACAUUCCCAACACGUCUUGUUUCUAUUCCCAAGACAUGCUGCAGCCCCAGCGAAGCAGCUCAUGUAUGAUUUGUGGAGUUAGAUGAUGAUGUGUGUGUAAAUAAUGCUUUGAUAUUAAUAAAACUGCCUUAAAGGAAUGUACCGAGGUGUGAAACAACACUCAAAAAGCUCUUAUUUAAAUCUGUAAUUUCCUUUACAUAUUGAUUUUUUAAUGUUUGCCACUGUACACAUUUAUUAAUGAUGUUAUUAAAAUGCCAAACCAAAUAAUUUUUACUCUUGUGUGUACGUCUAUACACACUUUCUCUGGAGACUGAUGUUGCUGGGAGGACGUUGGUGUUCAGUGCGGUCAGUUGGUGGUGUGGUCAGUGAGUCCUUCUGACUCUGCUGGAGCAGAAUCUUUCCUGGACAGAGUGUAGUUUAUGGUGUUGAUCUGUGUAGACCUGUGUGACUGUUCACUAGACACUAUUUUGAUAUUAUUUAAAUAAAAAAAGGCACUAAUUUCAUAAGUAAAGCAAAAAAAAAAUCAUUAUAGAUUUGCCAAAUGUAGCGUUUAAAGCUUUGAUUUUGCCUGGUUGUUACUUCUGCUGAGAGAAGUCUCAGAGUCUCUCCUGAGGACAAAGGUAGUUAAGUUUAGGCAGUACAGAUCUGGAGAUCCAUGAAGCACAGUAAAGUGCUGUGUGCACGUGUCUUCAAAACAACUUUUCACAUUUAAAGCUUUCUGGAUUUAAAAACCUUCACAAGUCAAAUAUUGUUUGGGGUUUAAGUUAUAUUUUGGGGUACCCCAAAGAAACCUUAAAGGGAAGGGAGAGUGAGUGGCAGGCAGAGGAUAAGGUAAAUUCUACUUUUAAAGACACGUAAGACAGUAUCUUAAUAUCUAGUUAAUUUAGUAACACAUCCAUCAAGCCAGAGUUCAUUAGUCAACCCAGUGUUCCUAAAUACCAGAUGUUCCUUUCAGUCCUUUCUUUAACAACACUUAUAAACCCACAUGGAUCUGGACAUCGUUCCAGUGGCUCUUCCUAUAGCAUCAACAUUUUUAGGUCACCUCUCUCCCAUUUGAGAUGACUGUGGUGAUAGCUGGGGUUGGUUUGUGUCUUUGGAAGGUGGAGGGGAGAAUUCAACAACAGAACACUUAGGAGACAGCAGUUCAAGCUCAUGUCUCUGAGAACAGGCACCAGGUGCUUUGGAAGUGAAGGCCACCAUGGUAAGGCUGUUUGUGCAGUGACUUGCUUUGCCCUGGAAGAUGCUUUUUGUUAGUUGUUCACUCUCUAGAAUUUAAGGUUUCACUUUCUUAAUAGGAAAAAGAAAAAUACGGCAUCCUUUAGUGACACGGUAGCAAGGAGUCAUCCAAAAUCAUGAGUCCUUUAAUGUGUUUUUUCUUCAUAAUUCUGUGUUCUGUCUCCAGUUUGUUGGUGCUGCUGCUUGUACAUGACAUUUUUGUUAGGCUGUGUUUAGAAGCCCUUUUCCUCAUCAUCUUCACAUCGUGUCCCUUGCUUUCACCGCUCCCCUGUCUCUGGGUUUUGGAAGGGUACCUGUUGCCACAGCACAUUUACUGGACUUCAUGGAGCUUCUGCUGGUUCUGUCUUCAACACACAGUCUGUUUGAAGGGGGUUUAUUCAUUUAGGCAAGAGAGGAGGAGAAAGAAUUAAGAGAUCACAUGUUGAGCAUGAACUAGUGUGUGACAGCAGGUACUUUUCGGUACGAAAGUAUCAAUCACCUAUUGAAAUCCAAAUCAGCCUCCUCUCAGGAUGUUUGACAGGGGAUGUUUGACAGGGGAAGGCAAGUCCCCUUCUCCCGAUGGGAGAAGCUCAAGUAUAGCUCCUCUUUGUACCCUUAUCUCCACUCCUGUAGGCGCUGGUUAAGGUGCAGCGGAGCACAGACACAACAAAACCACACACAAACAUUAGUACAGCUCCAGGUUAUAUUAACUUUCCUCCCAGGCAUCACCAGCACAGACCAAGCACCCGCAGUAACACUACUCCUUGGAGCGCUUCUGCCAGAAGGGAGGCUGGUACCAGGGUUUGCAUCCCAGUUGCUGAGAAGCUCUAGAAAUGAGAGAGGUUUAUGUCUAUCCUCAUGGGGCAAGCACAAAGUAACUUCCCAAGGGGAGGAUACUGUGAAAGUGAAAAUGCAGCUAAAAACAUAGACAAUCAAAUGUGGUUUUGGUAGUGUAGACAAGUUGUCUUUUUCUAGGUGAAAAUAAGAGAAAGCAAUGUGUAGUAGAGGAUGAGUGGGUACAGGUACACAACAGAGACACCUCGGUCCUGUGUGUACUGACAAACAUUGUGGAACUUUUAAGUGAAUUUCUUAUAUCCUAAUGAUGUUUUAAGUUUAACCCUUCAAGGCCAGUACCACACAUGGGAAGUUCCAGUUUUAUCUGUUUCGCUAAUAAAGAUUGUAACGUUAUUUAAAUAACACCUUUUCAGGUUAUUCAACGGUAGACUGCAAACAUGUCUUGUCUUUUUAAGAAUAUUCUGUUCAACUUCUAGUGACCCAAAGACAGUAUUUUUUCUCACCAGAUUAUAAACUUACACAAUUGAAAGAGUAAAAAGGAGUGAGCCUGGUUUUUCCAGAUUUAUUUGUAAAAGACUUUCACCAGUUUUUCUUUACAAAACCUAUGCCUCGUCAUACAAAAAUGAGCUUCAUCUACUUCGUGUCCUCAUCAAAACGUAUGAUGAUGGGAUCGUGCCCUGUUGAUCUCACAAACUUCAAGAAGUCAUCAGGGCUCAAACCCAUGGUUGCACAGUUUGUCAUUGGGUGGAAAUACACCUUCUCAUGGCCGCCCUCCAGGAAGGCAGCGUCCAGCACCAGCCUCACCUCCCCCUGGUCACAGAAGAGCGCCAGUGGCGUGGCACAGCCUUGACCCACCUUCAGCUUUUCAAGCAUGGAGUUUUCAUCAGCAAACCUCAGGUUCCCGCUUCCAACACCCAGUUUUUUCGCGAGAUCAGAUAAAUUGAUUUGCCUGUUGUGCAGGAGAGUCACCAGCCAGAAGCCUUUCUUCUUUUUGUCUUUAAGGAAGAGGUUUUUACUGUGACCUCCUUUCAUGUGUUGGACGUGGGGCAUCAUUUCUUCAACAGUGAACACCUGGAAAAUGCCACCAGUGCAGUGUGAGACUCGGUAUCACGUUAGACUUUCGGUUGUGUAGUGGCAGUAUCUUUUGUUAAAUACUUAGAAAAGAACUGAAUGUUACACUCAGCCUAAAAACUGUACCCUUUUAUGAAGAAGUUUUAAAAGAACACAAAUAAAAUGUGACAUACUG